AUGCUGAACAUCGCUCGCAAGACUUUUAAACGCGUGCCUAGUUUCCAGGACCUCCUACAAGGCAGGAUGACCCACCCCGACAUUUCUGUUGACGUUCUCGUCAUUGGUGCUGGCCCAACUGGUUUGGGUGCUGCCAAGCGUUUGAAUCAGAUCAAUGGCCCCUCGUGGUUGAUUGUCGACUCGAACGAAACUCCCGGUGGUCUCGCCUCGACUGAUGUUACCCCUGAAGGCUUCCUGUACGAUGUUGGUGGCCACGUUAUCUUCUCCCACUACAAGUACUUCGAUGACUGCAUCGACGAGGCCCUCCCCAAGGAGGAGGACUGGUACACCCACGAGCGUAUCUCCUACGUUCGCUGCCAGGGCCAAUGGGUCCCCUACCCCUUCCAGAACAACAUCUCCAUGCUGCCCAAGGAGGAGCAGGUGAAGUGUAUCGACGGCAUGAUCGAUGCUGCCCUGGAGGCCCGUGUGUCCAACACCAAGCCCAAGACUUUCGACGAGUGGAUCGUCCGUAUGAUGGGUGUCGGUAUCGCCGACCUCUUCAUGAGACCUUACAACUACAAGGUCUGGGCUGUGCCGACCACCAAGAUGCAAUGCGCUUGGCUCGGUGAGCGUGUCGCUGCCCCCAAUGUCAAGGCUGUGACCACCAACGUCAUCCUCAACAAGACCGCCGGUAACUGGGGACCCAACGCGACCUUCCGCUUCCCCGCCCGUGAUGGUACCGGUGGUAUCUGGAUUGCCGUUGCCAACACCAUCCCCAAGGAGAAGACUCGCUUCGGUGACAAGGGUAAGGUCUCCAAGGUCAACGCCAACAGCAAGACCGUCACCAUGGAGGAUGGCACCACCAUCGGCUACCAGAAGCUGAUCUCCACCAUGGCCGUCGACUUCCUCGCCGAGUCUAUGGGCGACACCGAGCUGAUGCCCCUCACCAAGCAGCUCUUCUACUCGUCCACCCACGUCGUUGGUGUUGGUAUCCGUGGCGCUCGCCCCGACCGGAUCGGUGACAAGUGCUGGCUCUACUUCCCCGAGGACGACUGCCCCUUCUACCGUGCCACCAUCUUCUCCAACUACUCCCCCACAACCAGCCCGAGGCCUCGAAGAAGCUGCCUACUCUCCAGCUCGCGGACGGCACCAAGCCCAAGAGCGCUGAGCCCCAGGAGGGUGUCCGAGUCUUCGAUGAAGCCCGUCAACAACGACACCCUCCUGGCCGAUUCGAUCCAGGGUCUGGUCAACACCGAGAUGCUCAAGCCCGGUGACGAGAUCGUCUCGACCUACCACCGCCGCUUCGACCACGGCUACCCCACUCCCAGCCUGGAGCGUGAGGGUGCGCUCACCCAGAUCCUGCCCAAGCUGCAGGAGAAGGGUAUCUGGUCGCGUGGCCGCUUCGGUAGCUGGCGCUACGAGGUCGGUAACCAGGACCACUCCUUCAUGUUGGGUGUCGAGGCUGCCGACAACAUUGUCAACGGUGCCGUUGAGCUGACCCUCAACUACCCCGACUUUGUCAACGGUCGCCAGAACACCGAGCGUCGGUUGGUCGACGGUGCCCAGGCCUUUGCCAAGGCUCAGCAGUAG